AUGAAAACAUCGUUCGCUUUAUUGGCUUUGGCUACUUCGACUCUCGCUCAAGGGAUUCAGGAAAGAUGGUAUUCUAGUCCUCCUGAAUACUCCAGUCCUCCUGUCGAGACUGAUACUACUACCUGGACCACCUACACUUCAACUACUAUCUGCCCGGUUACCUCUACGACAACCGAAAAAGGGACAACAAAGUGGGUCACCGAUGUCACAACAUCAACUAUAGUUGUCACUAGCUGUGUUGGAGGUUGCGGAGGAGUCGUUACUGUCCCAGGUCCGACUGGUUGGGCAACAACAACAACUGAUGUUGUCGUCACAUAUACUACCAUCUGCCCGGUAACAGAAACUGUCACAGCUCCUGGAACGACAUACACUAAGACAUACACUACAACUUCUGUCGUCGAAACUGUCGUCCCCACAACUAUCGUCAACACUGUUACUGCACCACCUCAUACGACUGCUGUCGAAACUGAGGUCAUCGAAACAGUCACCAGCUUAUGUCCUGUUACCGAAACUACCACUAUUUCAGGAAAAGAAGUGACUGUCACAUACACAACUACAUCGCUAUAUACAACUCACGUCCCUACCAAUGUUGAAGUUACAGCAACUGCUCCCGAUAAUACUAAGACUGCUAUAACUGAAGUAGUUUCCACAAUCACCAGCUUGUGUCCUGUCACCGAAACUACCACUGUUUCAGGAAAAGAAGUGAUUGUCACAUACACAACUACAUCGUUAUUUACAACUCACGUCCCUACCAAUGUUGAAGUUACAGCAACUGCUCCCGAUAAUACUAAGACUGCUAUAACCGAAGUAGUUUCCACAAUCACAAGUCUCUGCCCAGUCACAGAGACGAAGACAAUUUCAGGAAGUCUAGUAACUGUCACUUAUACAACUACUUCAUUUAUCGUCACAAAUGUUGGAACCACGAUUGAGGCAUCAACUACUCUCCCACCCAAAACUACCACUGUUGGAACUGAGGUCCUUCAAACCAUCACCAGUCUUUGCCCAGUCACGGAAAUAAAGACGAUUUCGGGAAGCUUGGUAACUGAAACUUAUACAACCACUUCAUUCAUCGUCACAAAUGUUGGAACUACAAUCGAGGCAUCAACUACUCUCCCACCUAAAACUACUACUGUCGGAACUGAGGUCCUUCAAACCAUCACAAGUCUUUGCCCAGUUACUGAGGUCCAGACGAUUUCUGGAAUUGUUUAUACUGUCACAAAAACAACAACUAGCCUCAUCAUUACCAAUGGAUAUACUACUGAUUAUUCGCAAACUACUUUGCCAGCACAAACUAAGACAAUCGAAACAUACGUCUACGAGACUUCUACUAGCUUAUGCCCAGUUACCGAAGUACAGACAAUUUCCGGUGUUCCCAUCACAAAAGUAUAUACCAGCACAAUUUACACUCAAGUGAAGGUUCCUACAACCAUCAUACAAUACACCUCAACUCAAGCUACUGAGUAUCAGACCACCGAUGUCUACGAAACUACUACUUGUAUCGAAAGUGUAUAUACUACCAUCAGCGCUGGAUCAACUAUCGUCCUAACAGCCACCAAAACAAACACGAUUCAAGUGACCGCCGUUCAUACCCUAACAUCUACCCUCCCCGCAGAAACCGGCGCAACCACCAUUUAUGUCCCAACAACAAUCGGCAACACGAUCGAAACCAUCGCCAUUGUCACCGUCCCAUCCGUCGUCAAAACCGUCACCCUCCCAGUUACCUACUGGGCAAACAACACCCACGUCCAAACAUCAACCUACAUACAACCCAGCACCCUCACAGUGGUUGGCCAAACAACCAGUUACUACGUGCAGCCUUCCGCGGAAGUCACUAGUGCCGUGGGUGUUAGUGUGAGUAGCGGGGCUGCUACGAGUGCUGCGCCGACUGCACCGCUCGAGGCCAAUUCUGGUGCGAGAAAUGGCGUCGUGAUGGGGGCUAUGGCGGGUGUGAUGGCUCUUAUGGCUUUUGCUUAG